UGACGCCAGUCCGUCGGGGGUCGAAGUCACGCCAACGUCUGGCACCGGCCCCUCCGUCGGCCCUUUCCAAUCGGCCCUUGGCAUCCUUUGCGAAAGAAAUUUUUAAAAGGAAAAGAAACAAACGGGUCCUAUUUGGACAAACGCGUCCUUACAUCGUGUGCGCUUUGUGAUAACGGGUGGAAAGAGUGAAAGAACGAAGAAAACCGAUAAGGAAUAGUGAAGAUAGAAGUGUUGAUCGUCAGUGUUGUCCUUCGAAGAGAGAGAGAGAGAGAGAGAGAGAGAGAGAGAGAGAGAGAUGACGACUCUCUGUGAGUGAAUACAGUGUUCAUCCUUUAAUCCUUCGUUACGUUGUAAUCGUGAAAUCAAAAAUCGGUGAUAUAUUUGCGUAUAUUAAUUUUUUUCAUAUUGGCUUGCGUCUUUAAUGUUUAUUUUCUUUUUCUUUUUUUCUCUCCUUUCGUUAACCUUUGUAUUAACGGCAUGACAUUCACGACGACUAUUAUCGCACGUUGAUUACCUAGGCUCGAGGUGGAAUAAGUAGGAAAGAGAAAGAAGAAAGAUCGAUUGGAUAAAGGCAUAAGUCAGGUCUCGAGGAAAAAAGUGAACUAAUAUUUGCCGAAUCUCGCUCCGUCCAAAGAAGAGAUGACUCGCCUCGAGACAAAAAAAGCGGCCAAGUGAGCUGUUCUUUAUCAACCGGUCUAAGGCUCCUUUGAAUUAUUUUCUAAAUUAAAAUGAAACGUAUACGCAAAUAUCCACAAGUGAAUGGAAUUAAUACCUUGAUAUAUAAAUAUCUUUUGUCGUUUCAAGUCAUUCAAUUCGUUUUUAUUAGUGUAACUAUGUCAAUGUGAUCUCCAUAAAGUGUUUGAUUAAAAAGUUUUUUAUUGAUGAGGUGGAGAAGCGUGCGGAUAUCUACGAUUACGAACGAUAGUAUGAUAAACAAUUAAAUGAUAAAGAAAGAGGGAUGUCGAGCUUCGAAGUAAGAUCGGUUAGCCACUCUCGACUUCGUUUUCCGUCGGGAGGUGGCUUGGUCGGUUUGUUAAAUUGGCCAAUGUUUAGAUGCGUUCGGUAGGUCCUGACGAACGCAAAUAUGUUCUCGAAUAUUUUUUAGCCGGCUCGAAACUUUUCUAGAUAGAGAAGAUGAGCGAGAAAGAUUCGAUUCUUUUGGAAAAGAUUAUUAAGUAAGAGUCGAAUGAAGAGGAUUAAUCGUAGAAUAACCAGGUGAUCAUCGUCAUCGUGGACGAUCGAUCGUGAAAGAUCUAAGAAACGGGGAUCAGCUAUAGAAUGUUCAGGUGAUCAUCAUCGAAUAUCAAAGAUUAAGUAUCGGGAAAAAAGAUGUCCAGGUGGUCUACAUCAUCAUCGAUGAUCGAUUAAGGAUCGAACAAAAAGGAUCAAGAAGAGUAUGUUCAGGUGGUCAUCAUCAUCGUCGAUGAUCCUGGCGUCGAUGAUCCUGGUGUUGGAGCUGGUGCUCGCCGCGCUGGCAGGCGCCGAGCUCAGCUCGAGAAUCGUCAGGACGAAAUACGGCGAGCUGUCCGGUGUGAUAGUCACUCUCGAUCGUUAUCUCGAGGGCGUCGAGGUAUUUCGUGGCGUACCGUACGCCUCGCCACCGAUUGGUACCUUACGCUUUAUGCCACCAGUUAGCGGCGCCUUGUGGCACGGCGUCAAGGUCGCCGACAAGUUCGGUCCUGUCUGCCCGCAAAAGCUUCCGGAAUUGACCGACAAAAUGCCGAAAGGUAGACUCGAAUAUCUCAGAAGACUGCUACCCUAUCUUCGCAAUCAGAGCGAGGAUUGCCUCUACCUCAACAUUUACGCGCCUGUUCAAGCCGGUGCAAGGGACGGUGGUGGAAGGAGAUAUCCUGUAAUUGUGUUCGUGCAUGGUGAAAGCUACGAAUGGAGUAGUGGCAAUCCUUACGACGGCAGCGUCCUGGCGAGCUAUGGUGGCGUUGUUGUAGUUACCAUAAACUACAGACUAGGAAUCCUCGGCUUUCUAAAUGCCAACACAGAUUCGCACUUACGGUCGCCGGCAAAUUACGGGCUAAUGGAUCAAAUCGCAGCGUUACAUUGGGUACAAGAGAACAUAGCCUAUUUCGGAGGUGAUCCUGGAAACGUGACGUUAGUUGGUCAUGGUACAGGUGCUGCCUGUGUCAAUUUCCUCAUGACUAGUCAAGCCGUACCUGAUGGACUCCUUUUUCAUCGCGGAGUUUUGAUGUCAGGUAGCGCGCUCUCGCCUUGGGCGCUGGUAAGAGGGGCUGCUAAUUACGCUAUGCAAGUUGCCAAACAUCUGAAUUGCUCGUCGGUUGCUGGUGAUCCACAAGCGCUGUUACGGUGUCUCAGGGACGUACCGUUGAACACUUUGAUAUCGGUACCGGUGAAGGGUCUAGAAUUUGCUCCAGCCUUUGGUCCAAGCAUAGACGGCGUUGUCAUCGAUCCAGGAGAUCCCGAGGAUCAAGACUUCACAUUGCAAGUGGAUACGAUCAACACAUUGAACAACAUUUUAUUGAGAAAGGACGUCGUGGCAAAGCUCUCGAGGUACGAUCUAAUGGUAGGUGUAGUACGUUCCGAAGCGUAUUUUUCAUUAACCGCGGACGACGCUCAAUACGGUAUUGAAGCCGACAGAAGAACGAAAAUACUUCGAGAAUUCGUACGGAAUACUUACACGUAUCAUCAACCAGAAAUUUUGGCUACGAUCAUUAAUGAAUACACGGAUUGGGAGAGACCCGUCCAGCAUCCUGUUAAUAUUAGAGACGAGACACUAGAAGCUCUUGGCGAUGCUAACACUGUCGCACCCGCUACAAGAACUGCGGAUCUUCACAGCCAAUCUCAUCGAAACUCCUAUCUCUAUGUUUUCGACUAUCAAACCAAAUUCGGAGACUACCCUCAGAGACCGGGUUGUAUCCAUGGCGAAGAGCUACCAUAUUUUUUUGGAGCACCGAUAGUCGGAGGCUUGGCACACUGGCCGAAAAAUUACACCAGAGCGGAAAUUGCUCUAUCCGAAAGUGUUAUAUUGUACCUGACGAAUUUCGCGCGUACCGGUAAUCCUAACGAGGGUACGCCCGAUCCUGGUCCAAUGGGUUCGAGACCCGAGCGUACGAAGUUCAAGAACAUCGAUUGGACCGCUUACGAGGCGGUGCACAAGAAAUAUCUCAGUAUAGAACUCAAGUCAAAGUUGAAGAACCACUACAGAGCGCACAGGCUCUCCUUUUGGUUGAAUCUCGUGCCUGAUCUCCAUAAGCCUGGUUCCGACGACGUUCCUAGGUCCCAUCAUCUUUUGGACGCGGAACAGGUACCACCGAGAUUCAUUCAAAGAGUACCAACGACGGCACGUACGACGACAUCAGAAGUGACGAUUGUUGAUAGGCCACAAAACGGUUCAACCGCAAUACCGAGCGAAUUAGCUUUCGAGGAUUCAAUUAGUCAACCGGAAGACGGUUUUGCUGCUUACUCGACAGCACUCAGCGUGACGAUAGCGAUCGGUUGUAGUCUUUUAAUCCUGAACGUUUUGAUAUUCGCUGGGGUCUAUUAUCAACGUGACAAGAGCAAUCAACAUAGUUGUUCGAAGAAACGACAGGAGAACGGACAAAUGCCAAACAAUAUAUGUGGCGAAUUAGAAACGAAGACUGCCGAGAGACAUCAUAUACAGCACAUACCACCCCCUGAAUUCGCAGAUCUACAAAAUAAUACUUGUCAUGUGCCGAUGCCUCCACCACCUCCGAAAAAUACGAAACCGGGAAAACCAACUCAAAAUCUUAUCAUUAGUCCUAAUCAAUUGCAACAGGAAAGUCUAGCUAUGUCGGCUGCCGGCACAUUGAAAAAAGGACAUAAUCAUCAGCAACAGAUCAUGGAGGAACUAAGGGUUUGACUUUAGGAGUUUCUACCUUACCGAUAUGUACCGCGACGGAUCCAUCCAACAGAAAAGAACUUUCGAUAAAACGGGCCUAUCGGUUAGGGGAGGCUCGUACGCAAAACUGUACGCAAACUGUUAAUUUCUUUCUCGGAUCUCGCGAUAAACAGAGAAUAAAAAGAAGAGAGAAAGAGAGAGAGAGAGAAAAGAAAAAAAAGAAAAAGCGCACGAUACAAAACGCGAGAGAACGUAUCCGUCUUCGUCGUCCUCUCAAUACGGUCGAGUCGACGCCGAUUAUGCCAAAAUAACAAAAAAAAAAAGAAAAAAGAAAAAGAAGAAAAAAAAACUUAACAAACAAACCGACUGUUUUCUACCUUUAACAAAAAUUACCGACCAACUGCCGAGAAUUCUUAGUAUUCGAUCAAGAAACUAAUCUGCCAUAAUCCGUAGAGAAAAAGCCUCAAUCGUUCGAGACUUUGACCUUUGGACCGAACACUAUACGUACGAAACGUUACGUUCACGUAAACGUCCGAUAAAAGGUUGCCAGUUCAAAGGUCGAAUUUCUCUCCCCGACGAUUGAUAUUUUUGUCAGUGCUGUUAUUACUCGAACAUGGAUUGGGUAAUGUUUUACGUAAAUAUAUCGUUCCAACAGUCGCGCCUAGAUUUUUAAAUGGAGCGCGUAUCCCGUCGCUUCGUU